GCGCCGCCAAUGGCCGCGGGCGGGCGGGGCGCGGCCGCCAUUGCCGCGUCCCCCCGCGCUGGCCGCCGCCGGCCAUGCUGGGGCUCCGCCGCGCCUUCGCUGCGCUGCUGCCGCUGCCGCUGCCGAGGGCAGGGUCGCCGCCGGUCGCCGCCAUGUCCACGCUGCUGAUCAGCCAGGAGCGCUACGCGUGGCUGCGGGAGCUGGGGCUGCAGGAGGAGAACCCGGGCGUGUACAACGGGCGCUGGGGCGGCCGCGGGCAGGUGGUGACCACGUACUGCCCCGCCAACAACGAGCCCAUCGCCAGCGUCCGGCAGGGUAAUUUGGAGGAUUAUGAAGAAACAGUAAAGAAGGCUAAAGAGGCAUGGAAGAUCUGGGCUGAUAUCCCUGCACCUAAACGUGGAGAAAUAGUACGACAGAUUGGUGAUGCCCUAAGACAAAAAAUCAAAGUUCUAGGAAGCUUGGUCUCUUUGGAAAUGGGAAAGAUUUUUGUCGAGGGUGUUGGGGAAGUGCAGGAGUAUGUUGAUGUCUGUGACUAUGCUGUUGGUUUGUCCCGAAUGAUUGGUGGACCCAUCUUGCCUUCAGAAAGACCUGGCCAUGCCCUUAUAGAGCAGUGGAAUCCUGUUGGUCUAGUAGGAGUCAUCACAGCCUUUAACUUCCCCGUGGCAGUUUAUGGGUGGAACAGCGCAAUUGCAAUGAUCUGUGGAAAUGCCUGCCUCUGGAAGGGUGCUCCUACAACAUCUCUUGUUAGUGUUGCUGUUACAAAGAUAAUUGCCAAAGUCUUGGAGGAUAACAAGUUGCCUGGAGCAAUCUGCUCUCUGGUUUGUGGUGGAGCCGAUAUUGGGACAGCAAUGGCGAGAGAUGAGAGGAUGGACCUCUUGUCCUUCACUGGCAGCACAAAAGUGGGCAAGCAAGUAGCGCUUAUGGUUCAGGAGAGAUUUGGUCGAAGCUUGCUGGAAUUGGGAGGAAACAAUGCCAUUAUUGUGUUUGAAGAUGCAGAUCUGAACUUAGUCAUCCCAUCUGCUCUAUUUGCUGCUGUGGGAACAGCAGGUCAGAGGUGCACAACUGCUAGAAGGCUGUUUCUCCAUGAGAGUAUCCAUGAUGAGGUGGUGGCAAAGCUUGCUAAGGCCUAUGCCCAGGUCCGCAUCGGUGAUCCAUGGGAUUCUGACACUCUGUAUGGGCCACUUCAUACCAAAGAAGCAGUGAAAAUGUUCCUUGAUGCAGUAGAACAAGCAAAACAACAAGGUGGCUCUGUGGUCUGUGGUGGAAAGGUUAUAAAUCGCCCUGGAAACUAUGUUGAACCAACCAUUGUGACUGGCCUUCCUCAUAAUGCGCCCAUUGUCCACACUGAGACAUUUGCCCCCAUACUGUAUGUGCUGAAAUUUAAGGAGGAAGAGGAGGUUUUUGCCUGGAAUAAUGAAGUAAAACAAGGUCUUUCCAGCAGUAUCUUUACCAAGGAUUUGGGAAGGAUUUUCCGCUGGCUUGGGCCAAAGGGAUCUGACUGUGGCAUUGUGAAUGUUAACAUCCCAACCAGCGGAGCUGAGAUUGGAGGUGCUUUUGGUGGUGAAAAGCACACUGGUGGGGGAAGAGAAUCUGGAAGUGAUUCAUGGAAACUUUAUAUGAGACGAUCUACUUGUACAAUCAACUACAGCAAAGAUUUACCCUUGGCUCAAGGAAUCAAGUUUCAGUAACAACCUUAUGAAUGGCUGUGCUAGAAACCGUCCUAGCAUUUCAGAAUCAAGCAGCUCCUAAACAUCGUGGGGAUAAAAAUUAAUUAUUUGAAACCAAUUCUGUCAGAAAAUAGCUACUCUUAAAUUGCUUCACUUUCUGUGUAUGUAUUUACUAAUUUAGUCUUCAAAUUAGAAGUCUGUGGUCUUUGGGAAGAAGGGAGGGGGACUAAAACUAACCCGCCUUGGGUUCAGAUGGCCUGGAUAACCUGUUGCCUUAACACUAUUUCUGUGCCAACACUGCCUCUAUCCCCUCCCCACCUUUUGCUGAUAUUUCCAGCUAUGACGUCUGUGUUUCAAACUGUGUGCCGAGUUUCCUGCAGGUAACUGGUGCUGUGGGGGAUAUUCGGGCUGCAGUAGAGGGCUAUUUUUCAAUGAAGAAAUAAAAGUACAUUUUAUGAAAUA